AUGCCUCAAAAGGUUAGCUCAAGAUGUGCUAUACAAACCAUUAACCUCAAUGGAAACAAGUUAGAAGGGGUGGUACCUAGCUCAUGGGCCAACCGUGCUGGGCUAGAAGUCCUGGACCUUGGUAGAAAUAAGUUGGUAGACUCUUUCCCACAUUGGUUGAUGGAUCUUCCUGCAUUGAAAGUUCUGGUUCUCAAUGAAAACAGAUUCUUUAGACAUCUGGCCGGUAUUUGUGAGGGUAAUCACUCCUUCAUGAUGCUCCAAAUCUUUGACAUCUCAUCAAACCAUUUCACUAAUAGCUUGCCAUCAGAUAUCAAAACGGUUACCAACUCUGCUGACGUGAACAAGUCUGCUGACGUGGACAAGCUAGCUGACGUGGAGGCUCCAUCUCAUACCGAGGACGUGACGAGUUGUGCUGACUGUGUUUUUUUCAGCAUCCACGUCAACAUCAUGGAUGUGGUCACUCUCGGUGAUGUCUCUGGCGUCGAGGGGGCUUCAGCCCUUGCUAGCCACCCUUGGUUCUGCCCCUGCCUUCAUUCUUUGAACAUGUCACUAAAUGUUUUCACUGGUGAAAUCCCAUGGGUGCUUGGAGAUAUGAGUGAGCUGGAAGCAUUGGACCUCUCAGGAAACCAAUUAUUAGGAGUGAUUCCGAGUUCUCUGACCUUCCUGCACUUCUCAGCUUUCUUGAAUUUGUCGAACAACAAUUUAGUAGGCAGAAUACCACAGAGCUAG